UCCCCUAUGACUCCCUCUUUUGGAGCCGUUUCGAUCGAUAAGUGGACUCCAGUGAUAUAAACAGCAGUUAAAUGCAGGCGAAUUUAAGCAUGAAUUAACGAUAGUGGAAGAUCGAGGCUAGUGACAGUGGCGUAAUAAUCUGCAGAAGAAGAAGAAGAUCGGUAAAGUGAAGGGAAGCCAUGGGGGAACCCUACUGGAGAUAUGGCGCUCUUGCGGCUCCCUCUGCUGCUGAAAGAGAUACUACUUCAAGAAUCGCAUUUCCUGGUUAUUCGCCGUCUAACCCAGCGUUGACAACUCAUCACUUGAGCUCAAAUAAUUUACGAGGGUCUUCUUCAGAUUAUCUGCAGAAGGAUGUCUUACCAUUGCGGCAUGGGGCUUAUGGUUUAGAUGAUAUUGGUGGCAUUGCUAGUCAUGCUGGUCAUGCUGCACUAGUACCCGGUGGAUUGACAGCUGGUGCAAGCAUAAAUAGGUUUCCAUCUCCUCUAGAAGAUCCAGCUCUAAUUAGCCAAAGGCGGGAUGUUUCACUAGGCAUCAACCCUAGCAUGCCUGGCAUUCUUAGUGAACGGCCCAACUCUUUGAGAAAAUCUGAUAGCCUGUCUGUGGAGGAAUCGAACGUUCUUUUUGUUGAUGGACUUCCGAAUGAUUGUACUAGAAGAGAAGUAUCUCAUCUUUUCCGUCCUUUUAUCGGCUUUAAAGAAAUCAGAGUUGUCCACAAGGAGCCUAGACGUACUGGAGAUAAGGCUAUGGUUCUGUGCUUUGUUGAGUUUGAUGAUGCAAAAUGUGCUGGCACUGCCUUAGAAGCUCUUCAAGGUUACAAGUUUGAUGACAAGAAACCAGAUGCCCCUCUCUUGAGGAUUCAAUUUGCUCAUUUCCCUUUCUCUCCACCCUCUGAUCAUGAUGAGCGACGUCGUGGGCAUUCACGAUAGAACAACAACAAAGCCUUGUGGUGAAUGGCUACUUGGAAAUAGAACACCUUUUUAUAUACAUGUUGGGGAGAAAUUGAUAUUCAAGGAAGCCCAUGUUCUGGCCUGCAAAUCCAUGUGCAUAUUCAAGGGUGCCAAUUACUGAACUAGAAGGUUGGUAUUUGUGGAUCCAAGGAAAAUGGAAGAGUUUACUUUAUUUGACAAAUGGUAAGCAAAGAAGUUUCAUCUAUGCCUGUCCUUGUCCAGUUCUGCUUGACAGUGGAUAAUUAUUGAUGUAUUUGAUGGUUGUACUGAUUUAAAUUGGUUGAAGCAUAGCAUUGAUCAUAAAUUCAUGUUACAACUGCAUAAUCAAAAUACCUUGCAGAAGUUUUACUAUUUAAUUAUACUCAUAGUUGGGUGAAUGCAAUGUACUUUGAUCAAA